GAUAAUAUGGUCAUCGCCGACACCGACUACGAAGGUGCCGCUAUCGAAGCCCUUGGUUCUCUGUUCAAGGUCACCCAAGUCUUUCUCUGGGAUGAUGGCCCGCGGGUUUCGUUAUCAGCUGAACGCUCCAAAUUGGCUGAAGCUGAUGAGAAUGACAAUGACGGUUCUGACCUCGUUCCUGAUUGGAGUGACCUUAUUCGACCUGAGGAUUUGGAACUUACCAGAGAGAUGAGUGAAUUGGGGCUUCCUGUUUCCUUUCAGACAAAUAAGGAGAAAAGAGGACCAGUAAAAGGCAAAAGAAAGGGUACACAUUCAAAGCAUCCGCGUACUUGUCACAAUCCUGUAGAUGAAACUCUUUAUGAAGAUAGUGGGGAGGAGGUUGUAUCUUCUGCUAAAUUUCAUGAUAAAACAAGCAUUUCUUUAUCUUUUGUAUCAAUGCUGGGUCAAAGUGAAUCAUCUUACUGUGAUGGUGUGGUGGAGUUUGAUAUGACCCAAUGUCCCUCAGGUGAAGGAGCUAAUUCAGCAUGCUGUACUGGGUUUAAUAAUGAUGUCUCCAGGGAGAAAAGUAAUGAUAAUAUAAAUGAGGCAGCAACUAAUGAUGCCCAGGAUGGUGACUUUGUAAUCAGCAAAAAUUGUGUUGAUUUGAAAAUUGCACCAGCUUCAGAUAUUGGAGUCUGUGCUGGAAGCCAUUUGACAGGUGCUGGUGUCAAUCAUUGUGGGAUAGAAUAUGGUGAAAGCUUGACUGACAAUGAAUGUGUUGAAUUUUCACCAAAAGAUACAGAUUGUGAGACUAUUUGCUACGACGAUGGUGCUGCCACUUGGCAACCACAAGCUAAUGGAUCUGAAUUUCUUUCCAUGAGUUCAGAAGGGGUUGAUUGUGACAGAAUUGAUGUGUCAAAUAAUUGUGGUGAACUUGGAGAUUGGAUGGUGUGCUGGGAUACUUUCUAUAUGAGAAAAUACUUCUAUAAUAUCAAAACACACUCUUCUACUUGGGAUCCACCCUCAGCAAUGGAGCAUCUAGCAAUUGGUGGGUGUACUGAUACAGAUGAUAGUGAAGCUCUAAAAGCAGUAGAGGAGGGUGGAAUACAAAAUAACACUAAACCACCUGAGGAAACCUUGAUUGAAAAUAAUUUAGAAGGAAAGCAACAUGAAGAGUAUUCAGCUGAGAUUGGACUUGCUACUGGCAAUUUGGUCUCGGAUAUCACUACAAAUAGUGAUGACCAAUCUCUUGAUCGUUCAGAUGAGUCUCUUGAGAGAAGUAGUUGCAAUGAUGGAUUUUCAUGUUGCUCGGUAUCAAAUACCCUGGAUCAUAUAAUUAGCUCUAAUGAAAGACACAUCCAAGCAGCAUCAGUGGUUAAUCAUACACCCUUGGAAAACAUGGUAAUUGAUGUGUCUGGAUUGGAUACUAAAUCUGAUCCUUUGAUGUCAAAACGGGAAAAGAAAGUGAAAAGAAGACAAAGGCAGAGAAAAUUCUACAAUGAAACUGAAGAUCUCCACUUUCAAGAAAUGCCUGAAGCAUAUACUGCUACAAUUGGAAAAUAUUGGUGUCAGAGGUAUAUCUUAUUCUCUAGAUUUGAUGAUGGUAUAAAAAUGGAUGAGGAAGGAUGGUUUUCUGUCACUCCAGAGCCUAUUGCUCAGCAUCAUGCAGUGCGUUGUGCUAGUGGCAUGAUAAUUGACUGUUUCACUGGCGUAGGUGGAAAUGCUAUCCAAUUUGCACAACGGUGCAGACAUGUAAUUGCAAUUGAUAUUGAUCCAUUGAAGAUUGACUAUGCUAGGCAUAAUGCUGCUAUUUAUGGUGUGGAUGAUCAAAUUGACUUCAUAAUGGGUGACUUCUUCCUCUUGGCACCAAAGUUAAAGGCUGAUACUGUUUUCUUAUCUCCACCUUGGGGGGGACCUGAUUAUGCCAAGGUUAGGACUUAUGACAUGAAGACAAUGCUUAGACCACAUGAUGGAUAUACUGUGUUCAAUGUUGCAAAGGAGAUUGCUUCGAGAGUUGUCAUGUUCCUUCCAAGAAAUAUCAAUUUCAACCAAUUGGCGGAGUUAUCUCUAUCUGCCUGUCCACAAUGGUCGUUAGAGGUGGAGAAAGUUUAUUUAAAUGGAAAAUUGAAGGCGAUCACUGCUUAUUUCAGUGAUACAGCAGUUGGAGGGUGCUGAGUUCAACACAUUCACUUCUGCCUGAGUGAAUUAAGGAUAUAAUCCCUUGCGGGGACCAAAAAAAAAAAAAUUACUAGAUGAGGUGAUUUUGAAGUUACGCUCCUGGUAUUUGAGACACCUUCCUGAGCCAAUUUAGCUCAGUCUCCAAAAUAAUCCCCUGCGGAUUGUAUAUACUGCAUUUAUUUGCCAGGGGAAGAGAAUAGUUCCCACAGGUUAGCAUGGAGCUAAAAAAGAUGGGUUGCUGACGACAAAACUUUAAUCGUUCAUGAAGCAGGUUCCAUCCAUGAUGUUGAGAUCUAAGGGGAAGCACUAGGACCCAUAUUGGGGCCCAUUGUAAAUGAGGAUCAAUUUUCGUCUUAGGAAUCUUUGCAAUUUUGUAUUGUACGAUUUUACGCUCAAUUUAAAGCUUUGC